CUUCAUGCAGACCCUGCAGUGACACAGAGCUGCUCAUGGCCYUCUGCAGCAGUGACUUUGUGGUUCGAGGCCUCAUCAUGAACAUCUCCCAUGAUUCUGCACGUCAGACKUCGGUGGUGGGGGUGUCAGCGGCCAGGGUUUACCGACAGCGCAGRGGAGUGUUUCACCAACAUUCAUCUGUGUGGCCUCCGUCCUGGCGUGGACACAUCCGCACCCUCCUGCGGUGCCACGUAAAGCCUGGACGCGGAGCGUUUCUCUUUACGGGGUCCGAYCACUUUGGGGAGGCUUGGUUAGGGUGCGCUCCUCGUUACAAAGACUUCCUGUCUAUCUAUCAGAAGGCCCGGAGAGAAGGAAGAAAUUCRUGUGACUUCCCUCUAGACGGAUGAUGUUGUUUCAGCCCAUAACUCUAAUGGCUCUGUGGGAACCAUGUAAGGCUGUCACGAGCCAAGAAAGUGGCAUCCAGUGUCAGCAGCAGGGGCAGGGCUGCUGAAAUGUUGGAGAACAACAGAUUUCUUUGGUGCAGAACAGAAGCAAGCAGCAGGGAAGUCCUGCUCCGAGGCUCUGAGAGGGUCAGACCAGAGCCCGGAUACYCAAAUGCUAAUCUAGGGGGGCAAUUUUUUUUAAAUAACUUUUCAUCAGAGUAUAAUUUAUUUAGUCUGCAGAAUAAUCACUGUUGCUCAUGUUUAUGUAGGUAACUUGUUCUGUGGGUUUCUCUGUUGCUGUUACUUCAUGAGGUGUUAUGUGGUGCUGAUUAUAUUUCAUGAUAAAAUUAUCAUAUGAUGCAGUCAAGACAAACUGCUGGUGCUCAGUGUGUAAACAGAAAAC